AAAAUAAAAAAAAAGUAUUAAAUGCAGAAAUAUGAUAAAAAAUACAUCAUACAACGUCAAAAUUAUUAUAGUUUGACUGAUGAAAAACACAUUUUCUAAUGAUAGUCAAAUUUUUUAUUAUUUGACUUUUAAAAAAGGAAAAACAAUGACAAAACAGACCAAAAAAAAGUAUUAAAUGCAGAAAUAUGAUUAAAAAAAAUAUAAUUUGACUUUUAAAAAAGGAAAAACAAUUACAAAAUAGACCAAAAAAAAAGUAUUAAAUGCAGAAAUAUGACUAAAAAUACAUCAUUCAAUGUUUUCUUCCACCUAAAUUUUCUAUAAAUUGAAUUUGUGUCAUUGUUCAACCAAACAAAUUAUCAAAACAAACAAUGGUUAACUUUCAAGCAAUUCUUGUUUUCAUUAGUUUUUUCUUUUUUGUUAAUCAAUGUUUAAGUGCAAAUGAGGUUCCAUUUUACCAAAAUUAUUAUCAAAAAUAUGGAGGUGACCAUCUAACUGUUACUGACCAGGGAAAACAAGUUUGCCUAACUAUAGACCAAUAUACAGGUUCUGGAUUUAUGUCUAACCAACAUUUUGGUUCUGGAGAUUUUAGCAUCGACUUAAAAAUACCAAACAAGAACAGUACAGGAGUAAUAACAACAUUCUACUUAACAUCACUGCCAAUGAAUGGAGAUCCUGGAAUGCAUCAUGAUGAGAUUGAUUUUGAGUUCCUUGGAGGAGAUGGUAUAUAUACAUUAAAUACAAAUAUAUUUGCAAAUGAUGGAGGAAGUAGAGAGCAACAAUUCAAUCUUGAUUUUGAUCCUACAGAAGAUUUCCAUACGUAUCGAAUUCUUUGGAAUCAACAUCAUAUCAUAUUUUACGCGGAUAAUGUUCCAAUAAGAGUUUUCAAGAACAAUACUAAUUAUGGAGUGAAUUUUCCAACACACAAAAUGCACAUUGAAGCAACCAUAUGGAAUGAUACAAAUUGGGUUGGAGAAGUAGAUUGGAGCCAAGGACCAUUCAAAGCUUAUUAUCGCAAUUUUACGAUUAAUGGAUGUCAAUAUCAAGAAUCAAAUCGUCAAGAAUGCUAUAAUAACAACUAUUAUUGGAAUACAAUUACCAGUCUUAGUCCAAAUGAAGUUCAGGAAUUUGAAACUGUGAAGGCAGAACAAAUGAUUUUUAGUUAUUGCAUGAGGAACAAUAGUAGAAAUUUUCCAGAAUGUAUAUUAAAUUGAUGAGGAUGUUCUUAUAGUAAUAAUAAAGUUAAUGAAUGCUUGACUAGUGAUAACAUAUUACUAA